AUGACUGCUCACAAUAUUGUUGUUCUUGCUGGUGACGGUGUCGGCCCCGAGGUUGUCGCUGAGGCGAUCAAGGUCCUCAAAGUUGUCCAAAAGCACACAGACAACACUUUCAACUUCAAAGAGCACCUGUUUGGAGGAUGCUCGAUAGACGCGCACAACAACCCUCUCACAGACGAAGCGCUCGAAGCAGCCAAGUCAGCCGACGCCAUCAUUCUCGGUGCUGUCGGUGGACCGAAAUGGGGAACCGGCAAGGUGCGCCCUGAGCAAGGAAUCCUAAGACUUCGCAAAGAACUCGGCACCUUCGGAAACCUGCGACCGUGUUUCUUCGCCUCUGACUCUCUCGUCGACUCAUCGCCCCUCAAGGCUGACAACGUCCGCGGCGUAAACUUCAACAUUAUCCGCGAAUUGACUGGUGGCAUAUACUUUGGCGACAGGAAGGAAGACGAGGGCGAUGGCAAGGCCAUGGACACGGAGCCAUACAGCGUCGAAGAGAUUGAACGCGUCGUACGGUUAGCAGGUAGUCUCGCAUCCGUCGAGGACCCGCCCGUGCCAGUAUGGAGUUUGGACAAGGCCAAUGUGUUGGCAACCUCGAGAUUAUGGCGGAAAACUUUUGAGCGCAUCAUGAAGGACGAGUACCCGCAUCUCAAGUCGGGCACCCACCUCAUCGACUCGGCGGCUAUGCUUAUGAUCAAAAACCCAAGAGCGCUGAACGGCGUUGUAGUUACCAGCAACUUGUUCGGUGACAUCAUUAGCGACGAGGCUAGUGUCAUUCCAGGAAGUCUGGGUCUGCUGCCGAGUGCCAGUCUGGGCGGCAUCCCAGAUGGCAAGACCAAGCUGAACGGAAUCUAUGAGCCCAUCCAUGGCUCUGCGCCCGACAUCGCCGGCAAGGGCAUCGUCAACCCCAUCGCGACCGUCCUUUCUAUCAGUAUGAUGUUCAAGUACUCUUUGUGCCUACCAGAGCUUGCGCAAAAGAUCGACGAGGCGACCAGGAUUACCAUCGACAACGGUAUCCGCACGGCUGACAUUGGCGGAAAGUCAAGUACGAGUGAAGUCGGUGAUGCGAUAGCUGCGGAGCUAGAGAAGCUGCUCCAGAAGUAG